GAAAAAGUCGCGUCCAUUGGCUUUUAAACCUACAACGACGUCUAUCAACAAAAGGGAAAGGAAUUGUGGGCAAUCAUCGGCGGCUGGAAGUCCGUGAGCCAAUAAACUACGGGACGUCGAUAUAAUCUCUAACACACCUCAAAUUCUAAUGAGGACUCUCGAGCUCUUAUAUACGCAACGUCGCUGAGUGACAACGUCACAAAGGAAUUUCUAAUAUAUAAACCAAAGCACCCAAAAGGUCAGCUACACAUCAGUCACCCACCGAUUAACCUCUGCGGUCAGAGGUUUUAAAUUUACAUACAUGAGAAUGAACUUGGCUGUUUUGCACAGCCACUCUAUGCCACCCACCAAACGCGCGCGUGCAGAAGAGAAGCCCGAAGUCGCGUCUUCUAUUAGCAAGGGGGCCCAAGACCACACGAAACCCCAGAUAAUUUUAGUCUCUUCUGCCACCCCAGCCAAGCGGACACGAACGUACUCGACUCCUUCCAAGCCCAGGAAGCUCAGGACAUCAACCACCUCCGGUAAUCAUAUUCCGGCAUAUACAACUGAAGAAAAGGAAUUUAAGGGAAAGGGGAAAGCUUCCAUUGACGCAGCGCUUGAAAAUGACUCCGAUGAUAUGGCACAAACGCCAUCCAAAUCAGGAGGACGACGCGAAGGCUUCUCUCGCAUCAGUUCCCGAUUCAGAAACGAGGGGAAGCGCGUAGUGGGGGUGUCUAGUGAUGAUGGGGAAAGCGAAUCAGAUGAGAAUGACCUUUAUGCAUCGCCAAGGAAGACUGCGUCAAGCCAAAAUCUUUCUGUGGCAUGGGCUGCACUUGAUGAUGACUCCUCUGUCCGACGGACUUCUUCCGACAUCUAUUUUUGCCUUUCAUCUCAUCCAUCCAAAACCUCGGAUAAUGUCUUCACGGCUCUUCUGCCCUACCUCACUAUGGAGGAGUGCAGACAUCUUCUUUCACAAUCGCCCGCUAACAGAAAACCCUUACUGCUAGCGCUCCAGGAUCAGGCUUCUGAACGGCACGUCAACAUGUUUCGAGAGUGGGAAUUCGAGCUUGGUCAGGGUUUUAAUCUACUAUUCUACGGAUAUGGUUCAAAACGGGGACCACUCAAUAAGUUCGCGAUGGACGUGUGUCGCAAGAUAGGGAAUGUGGUCAUCGUCAACGGAUACUUGCCUUCAUUUGGUCUCAAGGGACUUCUCGAAAGCAUUGAGCAGAUUCCUGGAUUAUGCUCAUUGCCUGUCCCUAAUCCUGGGGGCAUUGAGGGGCAAACUCGUAGAAUAUACGAGUAUUUCCUGCCUGAGGCUGCUGAUACCGAGCAUAGGACCGACCAAGAACCUCCAUCCACAUCCCGAUCGCGCCGACCGCUCUUUCUUUUUAUACACAACAUUGACUCGCCCCAUUUUAACUUUCAGAACUUGCGCACACGUUCGUGCCUUUCCCUUCUCGCGUCUAACCCCCGGAUACAUGUCGCUGCCUCGCUUGACAAUAUACAUGCGCCUAUCAUGUGGUCCACACAAGAGAUGUUGAGUCGCAAGCAUUCUGAAGUCCCUGAGACUGCAUUCUCACCGGUUCCCUCUGCCCGCGGGUUCGCAUGGAUUUGGCAUGAGUUGGCCACUUUUGCUCCCUACACAGAGGAGAUAAUUGCCUCUCGCGAUAUAAGUGCCCUUCCAAAAUCGCCGUCGCCUACUGGAGCCAGUGCAAGCAAAGGUAAUUUGGGCCUCGUGAAUACUGCGCCAUUCGGCGGUCAAAAUGAGCUCCUUGUCGGUGGAGGUGGUCGUCCCCCGAUUACAGAGUUGCAAGCCAGCCAGGUUCUUGGCAGCGUUACCCUCAAAGCACGGAGGCUUUUCAAAGCAAUGGGCAUGGAUAUGCUGACAAGAUGGGCGGAGGCAUUGCAGAACGACCCGAACUCGCGUGAUCCUUUGCAUACGCUAGGAAUGCCUUAUACACAACUGAUGCGUCGUGCGAAGGAGGAAUUUCUUGCAUCAAACGAUCUCGCGUUACGAGGGCUGCUACAGGAGUUCAGGGAUCAUGGGUUGGUGAGGUCAAGGUUGACGGACUUAAACCUGGGGGAAGGAGUCGAGGAUCUUCAAACUGGCGAAAUGUUCUGGAUUCCAUUGCCACGAGAUUUCCUCGAGAGAACCGUGGCAAUGGUGGACGUCGACUGACAAGCCGUUUGUAUGCUCUACCUUCGAGGCCAUCACAGUCCAUGGCUGCCUUUUAUUCCACAGUGUCCCUUCAAGUGGCCUGUUCUGAAUAUCAGAGGAGCAGCGAAUUCUUGCUGUGAUCCGGUUGACGUAGAUGAGCAAGU